AUGGAGAUGGAGAAGACACUAGAGAUGGUGUUUGGACUGAUUGUAUUCACCUCAAUGCAGGUUCACCAGUUCUCCCUGCAAGCGUCUCCUGCUGCAGGGAAGCUGUGGACAAGGAUGAGCCAAUGGCCAAGUCAUGUGGGCUUGGAGCUGAGCUCUGACCUCAGGAUGAAGUUUGAGAACAUCACCUAUGCAAAGUUCUUCAAAUCACAGCAGGGGAUGUGGAUCUGUCAGGGAAGGGAGGGUGUGGUGCAGGUCAGAAAGGAUGAGUUGUUGAUCUGCCUGCUGGGCGGAGUGAAUGAGGACAGGCCCCAGGUAGUCAAAGAACUGGGCAGGGCACUGCCUGUUGUGGCUCAAGACCAUAACUCAUAUGGGAGGAGACAACCAGAGGUAAGCAAUGGAUCCCCAGCUCCUGUGCACCUGAGGAAUGCCGAACCUGGGCCCAGGAUGGUGGAGGAUGUGAAGCUGAGCAACCCUAAGCAUCCACGCUGGGGUAGCAGAGUGGUUACACUUGAUGCCAACAAUUUGCUGGAUAUGGAGGAUGUGAUCAAUGGCAUUGAAGCAGCCAUGCUGACAGCAAUGGACUGGGAAGGCACCAUCAACCUGACUUUGCCACCACCAGAGCCUGCACCCAUCACUGUCAAGCUGCCAUCCUCCCCUGCCCAACUUCUGCUCCUGGAGGUGCUGGACAAGAUGUGGCCCGGGUUGCAGACUUUUAAUGAAGUCAUGCGCAACAUCACCCGCAUCCGUGGCUAUACGGACAAGGCUAUGCCGGGCCAUGUUCUUUGGGGGGAAGCCUUCAAGCAGGUGCAUGGUUUCAAGGGCAAGUACAAAACUUGGUAUGAACAUGCCAAGUUGUUGGAGUCCACCAGCCUGAAGAAGCUCAUCAAAAGGUUCAGCAAAUGGCCAGGGAGUACAUGGGCGAGUUUCUGGCUGUGUGCCUGGAGGAAGAAUGAUGGACAUCUGAAGGAUGGCAAGGUGGAGAUGGACAAGCAGGCUUGGUGGGUGGAGUCAGAUGAAGAGGGAGAGUAA